AUGUUUAUCAAACGAAUGUUAACGAUUUUCGCGAUCGCAUCGUUAUGCCAUGUAAUCAUAGCACGCGCUGCGGAACCCAUAUCAAAGAUUGUUGGGAUCGAUGAAAAUAAUAAAUAUAUUGAUGAAUUCGGUAGACAGAGGUUCUUUCGAGGACUCAAUGUUGUUUAUAAAGGAUUCCCAUAUCAUCCUAAAAUUGAUGCAUUCGAUCCGGUGACUUCGUUUGCCGAGAAAGACAUGGAGAUCUUGGCUAGCGUUAAUAUGAAUAUUAUUAGACUUGGAGUUUUAUGGGUCGGAGUUGAACCGGAACGAGGAAAAUAUAAUGAAACUUAUUUAAGUAUCAUAAAAAAUAUUGUGGAUAAGUGUAGCGAUUACGGAAUUUACGUGAUGUUAGAUUCUCAUCAGGACGUAAUGAGCGACUUAUUCUGCGGAGAAGGCUUCCCUAGAUGGGCGGUUCGAACAGAUGAUUCAUGGGCAUUUCCGCUUCCGAUAGGCCCACCAGCAGUAUAUGAUCCAAUGACAGGACUUCCGGACAAGAAAACGUGUGAUAGAGUAAAUUGGGCAUUACUUUAUUUUUCAAAUGCGGUGAAUGAAGCAUGGCAAAGGUUAUAUGAUAAUUUUGAUGGUUUAAGAGAUUCAUUCGCUGCUCAGUGGGUAAAGAUCGCUUCGUUAUUUAAAGAUAGUAAAAGUCUGAUUGGAUAUGAUUUACUUAAUGAACCUUGGCCUGGUGAUACUCAUGAAGAUAUUGGCCUUUGGAUACCACGAAUAAACGUUCGUAAAAAUUUAGGUCCAUUUUGGGAUGCGAUUAACGCGGAAGUACGUAAAGUUGAUAAUAAUAGCAUCGUAUUUUAUACGGGGGUUACGUGGGAUAUAUUUGGUAAUGGAUUUGAUCAUGUACCGGGAGGUCCCGAUUAUAAAAAUCGAAGCGCCUUUGGUUAUCAUUAUUAUAGAGAAGUUAGAAUAAAACCGCCUCAUAUUGAUCUUCAAGUCCAUAUAGAAGAUCUUAAUCGAACAGGUGGUGCAACAAUGCUAACAGAAUUUGAAGCUGCUUAUGACGGUGGGAAGAAUCUCCCGGGUUUACUUAAAAUCAUCCAAGCAGCCGAUCAAUAUUUACAAUCAUGGAUAGGAUGGCAAUAUAAAGAUUUUUAUCCAUUAACAAGACAAUUAUUGGGGGAUGGUUUAGUUGAUCCGGCAUCGGGUGAUAUCAGACCAGACGUUGCAUCAAUAUAUUCCAGAACCUUUGCAGAGGCUGUCUCGGGAAAUACUAUUAGCAUGAAAUUUGAUGAAAAUGAAUUUAGUUUGAUUUAUAAAAUAAAUCCAACCAUUACGAAACCUACUAUUAUAAAGAUUCAAGAAACGUAUCAUUACAGUAAAGGAUUUAUUGUAAAUAUUUCCCCAAUAGGCAAGGUUGAAUGGAAAAAAGAUGGGAAUUCCAUUCUGGUGAAUCCCAUCAAAGGAGUAAACGUUAUAAUGGGUGAAAUCAUUACCAUUAAUAUUGUUCCAGUCGUAUAG